AUGCCUCCUCUGCCCCCUCUGGUUCAAGUUGAAUUGAAUAAUAAUGACAUUAUCAACCUAACGCAGAAAUUCAUGAAGAUGAAACCGCCAACUUUCUUGGGUGGUAUUGAAUCGUUGAAAGCGGAGACAUGGUUACUAGAAAUGGAAAAGUUGUUUGAAGUGUUUCCCUGUACUGAGACUCAGAAGGUUUUAUUGGCCACCUACACUCUUAAAGAUGAAGCUCGGCGAUGGUGGUUAUUGACCCGAAAUAAAUUGAAGCAAGGCAGAUGGUCCGUAGCCGAGUAUGAGGCUAAGUUUACUGAGUUGGCCAGAUUUGCCCCUCAUAUGGUCGAUACAGAUUAUAAGAAGGCUCAGAAAUUUGAAGGGGGCUUAGAACUGGACAUGUAUGAUCGAGUGGGUGUAUUAAAAUUGCCUACUUAUGUGGAAGUGCAUGAUAGGUCAUUGAUGGUAAAGGCCAUACUAGUAGCCAAAAAAGAAGCUACAACUCCAACAACUGAACGGAGAGGUAAAAGGACUAGAUUCAAUUUCAAGAAAGGCAGAUCAUUUCCGAAGAAGCAAAAUACUGUAUCGUCAAGUGGCUCAAGCCAAAGCAGUGGGUCUAUGCUGGUUUGUCCAGAAUGUGGAAGGAAACAUAGGGGCAUGUGCUACCGUGCAUCUGGUGCUUGUUUUCGAUGCGGCAAGACAGGCCAUAUGAUUAGAUAUUGCCUGAUGAGACUUGACAUGACUACCCAUCCUGCGACAAGCUCAUCCGGAUCUACUCCUGCACCAAGAGCCAAUGCGAAGGCCAAUACUAGAGGAGAAACUUUGAGACAAGGCCGAGUUUUUGCAUUAAUACCUGGGGAUGUAUAG